AUGCUUGCCGCACUAGUAGUGUAUUAUACACUUCCGGUGCUGGCAUCUCGGCGACGUCGAGACAUUCCGGGCCCGUUUCUAGCUACAUUCACUAAUUUCUGGCUAUUUUAUCAAUGCCGCCGCAAAAAACGUUCCCUGGCAGUUGAACUGGCACAUAAAAAAUACGGGAAAUUCGUACGCAUCCAACCAAAUCAUAUUUCUAUUGCUGCCGUCGACGCUAUUCAGGCAAUAUAUGGACACGGGAAUGGCUUUCUGAAAUCCGACUACUACGACGCGUUCGCGGGACCUAAGCACCGUAGCAUCUUCAACACUCGUGAUAGAGAUGAACACAGCCGGAAGCGUAGGGCCGUCUCACAUAUCUUCUCAGCAAAAUCCGUUGGACAAUUCGAGCAGUAUAUCUGCAAUAAUAUUAGAAUUUUUGUUGGGAAAUGGAAUGGCCUGUGUGACCGCCAGCAAACCGAAGUAGAGGCUACCUACGCUCAGAUUGAUGCCUUACCUUGGUUCAGCUACCUUUCCUUUGAUAUCAUUGGCGACCUAGCGUUUGGCGCUCCGUUCGGAAUGUUAUCUAGUGAAGAUGACCUGGCGGAUGCGUGCAAGACAGUUGACGCUGCACCGACCUGUGUGGCAGCCAUAGAAGUUCUGAAUCGCCAAGGCGAAGUAUCUGCAACCUUGGGGUGUUAUCCCCAACUCAAGCCAUUCAGCAAGUAUUUUCCUGAUACUUUCUUCCAAUAUGGCGUAGAAGCCAUCGACAACAUGGCAGGAAUUGCUAUUGAGCGUGUCAAGCGGCGUCUCAACCCUGACGUGUUGACCAAGAACACUCGGGUUGACAUGCUUGCCAAGUUAAUGGAAAGUAGAGAUGAACAUGGUGACAAGUUAAGCCGUGACGAAUUGAUCACUGAGUCUCUAACAUUUCUUGUUGCUGGCAGCAAUACCACCGCAGUCACGCUGUGCUCCGUGCUGUAUUUCGUAGUAAGUACUCCUGGAGUCCUAGAACGGCUUCAGGGUGCUAUUGACGAGGCAGUUUCUCCUGGAGCGGAUAUACCAAGCUUUGAUAUGGUCAAGCACGUUUCAUAUCUCCAAUGGGUAAUCUGGGAGACAUUUCGCGUCCACAGCGCAUUCUCAUUAGGUCUUCCCAGGCAGAUCCCCAAAGGAAAUGCACCAGUCGAUAUUUGUGAGCAGACAUUUUACCCUGGUGAUGUUCUUUCAGUGCCCACGUAUACUCUCCACCACUCCACGGAUAUUUGGGGGCCCGAUGCUGAGGCCUUUAUUCCUGAACGCUGGGAUCCAACAACACGACUCACAACCCAUCAGAAAGAUGCAUUCAUGCCCUUUGGCGUCGGACCCAGAGCAUGUAUAGGCCGAAACCUAGCUGAGAUGGAACUAAAAUGUAUCGUUGCCGCAGUAUUUCGAAAUUUCGAAUUCAAACUGGAGCAAGAUAUCCGCAUGGACUACAGGGAGGGGUUUAUUAGGAAACCGUCUAGCUUAAAAUGGGUAGAGGCAUCUUGGGAUAAGCAUGGAAGUGCGUACCAGAAACUCUGA